UUAUUGGCAGCUAUUUGGAGUGAAACCUGAGUCUGGAUUGCAAAAAAGGCGUUUUGCAUCGUUCGUGUUCGAAAUUUUGCUUAUUUUUGCCAAAGUAGUUGACUCUCUCUCUCUGUAUACUUAAACAGGGGAGAGACAUUUGUGAAGCAGGAAGGAAUUCGAAGCUGUUCUUUUCGUCUUCUUCCUUCGGAAAGCUCACCUCUGUUUGAGGAUUCCAAGAGUGAGACUACAUCAUCGAUGGGUGGCGGUGGGCCUGGUACAACACUUACUAGUUUUGUUGGGGAGGAGGAGGACGUCGCAGAACAUAUGGAUGAUAGCUUCACCGUUGUCGACUUUCCCGACGACCACCGCACAGGAACCUCUUGUUGGCCCCUCCUCAUGAAAGACGAUGGUUCUCUCGGUGCAGAGAAGCCGGUCGAUGAGUACCGUGCUGGAGAAAGUCAUGGUCUCAGUAGUGAUUUCGUUAAUGAUGUUGGUGAGACUCAAAGAAAGGAAGAAGUGGGAGAAAAGGAGGAAUUAGAAGAAGAGCAGGAGGAAAUUAUGAAGGCAGAGGAGAUAAAUAGUGUAGUAGUGGGGGAGGAAAAAGAAGAAGAAAAGUACAAUCAUGUUCGCCAAUUGGAAGGGGAAGAAGAUGGUGACGACGACGAUAUAAAUGAUGCUGAUGCUGACGCUGAUGAUGAUGAUGAUGAUGAGGCAGUGGAAGAUGAAGAGGAGGAGGAGGAGGAGGGGGAAGAAGAAGAAGAAGAAGAAGAAGAAGAAGAAGAAGAAGAAGAAGAAGGUACUGAUAGCAAAUAUGAAAGUUUUGUGGCGGAAGUGGAUGUUAAUACGGUGGCUUUUGAUAGCUCUAAGCUUUCAGUAGGGGUGACCCCUAUGAACUUUGGUACUGAUAAGAAGAAAAUGAAAGUCUACCAGUCCUUGAUGAAUAAUUACCAACUUUCCAAGAGGAAUCGUGAUGCAUAUAGAGGUUUGAAGAGUGAUAUAUUGAGAUAUAAGCCUGGUUGUUACGUAAUUGAGAGGGAUGGCGUUGACUGGUGCGAUUAUGAGAUUCCACAAAUCACAACACUCUUGUUAGUUGGUCCCAGGGGAUCAGGGAAGAGCAGACUUGUGAAUAGCAUUCUGAGGAUGUUUGAAAGGGAGAACGGUUCGACAGGGAGGGCUGCUGUUUCUUACAAUUCAGCUGGGCAUGGUACACUUUUUCUCCAGGAGUAUGAUUUCCCACUUAAUUCUCCUUCAUUUUGUGUCUACGACACCCGAAGUCUAUCUCAGGACAUGAAUGAGAACUUAGAAAACAUUAAAGAAUGGAUGGUAGCAGGUGUUCGGCAUGGAGCACCAGUAUUGAGAAAAUCAGAUGAUGCAGAGACACGUAAGGCCAUUUUGUGCAGAGGACGUCAACUGGAUCACUUGUUCAAUAGGGUGAAGGAAGUCAAUUUUGUUAUAUUUGUCGUGAGUGGGCUGUCAGUAAUAGAAGCCAUGAGAAAUGGUGAUAAUAAAUACUUUGAUAAGCUUGCUAAGAACUUCAAUUGCCCAUACCUUUCGUUUAAAGAUGACAAGCCAGUUCUGGUUGUCACACAUGGUGACCUACUGGACAUCUCUGAGCGUGUUGUUGUCCGCAUGCAACUUGGCGAAGUCCUUGGAGUUUCACCACUUAACAUUUAUGACAUCCCUGACAAGUGGGAUACUGCAACCAGAUUGUCAAUAGUUGGUAUGUUAGUGGAUGCUCUGGACCAUGCAGAAAACAAUCUAUCUAUCAAGCGAAAGGUUCCUCUGUUGAAUGUGGUUAUGCUGCUUCUAGAGUUGCUGCUUUUGGGCCUUAUUAUCCUCUACUUGUCAUCCUAUUUUCGAAGGGAUCAAGUACCUGAGUGGCACAAUAUCCGUCACUUGUGGUUAGGCUGAUGGAUUUCAGUAUUUUGAAAUGUAACUUGGGUGUACAGGAGAACCAUGUCCAUGCCUCUGCUGAAAUUCUAUCCAUCAUAACCUUGUAUCUUUCUCUCUCUCUCUGGUUUCACUAUCUGCAAAUAGUUUAAUUACAGUAACAUGGACUUUUUAUCUCAUUAGGAUAUUUAAUAAAGAUGUAAAUGUCUGAAUGGUGUUCAAAUAAAUCAAUGGGUUUAAAGCUUUUGAUCA